AUGGACCUAGGCUCUGGGUUGCAGCCUCCGGAGGGAGAACAGCUGGACGCACUGGCCAAAGAAGGAGCUGUCCAAGGGAAAGGCGAGUCAGAGACGUUUAGGUCCAGGAGUUUACCCGUCUUGAACAGCGCCUCCUGCCGGCUUGAGCGCAGUCCCGCGACUGUAGAUGCCAAGCCGGCCUUCAGCAGUACGGAUUCUUUAGUCCUGCAGGAGUUACAGCAAGGCACCAGCCCGUUGCCCCCCAGCCCCUCUGCCCAGUCCACUUCGGUGGGUAUGGCGGGGUUUGUGGACUGUAACCACAGGGUGGACGUCAGUAAAACAGUCUCAGUGUCCUCUGCUCUGGCAACGCUACAGGGGAAAAGAUGUCUCUAUGUGGUCCUCACGGAUUCCCGUUGCUUCCUGGUUUGCAUGUGCUUCCUGACCUUCAUCCAGGCGUUAAUGGUCUCUGGGUACUUAAGCAGUGUCAUAACUACCAUUGAAAGGCGGUACAGCCUGAAGAGUUCCGAGUCGGGAAUGUUGGUCAGCUGCUUUGACAUUGGGAGCCUGGUGGUGGUGGUGUUCGUUAGCUACUUUGGCGGCCGGGGACGACGGCCCCUGUGGCUGGCUGUGGGUGGACUUUUCAUCGCCAUCGGAGCUGCCCUCUUUGCUUUACCUCACUUCAUCUCCCCACCCUACCAGAUUCAAGAGGUGAACGCGUCAGCCUCCAACUAUGGCCUAUGUCAGAAUGGAAACUUCACGACAACUUUGGAGCCUCCCUCCUGCCUGAAGGACUUGGGAGCAAAUAAUCACUGGGUUUAUGUGGCUUUAUUCAUUUGCGCACAGAUUCUUAUUGGAAUGGGAUCCACACCUAUUUAUACCCUGGGACCAACCUACUUAGAUGAUAAUGUCAAGAAAGAAAACGCAUCCUUGUAUCUAGCAAUCAUGUAUGUCAUGGGAGCACUUGGUCCUGCAGUGGGAUAUUUAUUAGGUGGACUUCUUAUUGGUUUCUAUGUUGACUCCAGAAAUCCUGUUGACCUUGACCAGAAUGACCCUCGUUUCAUUGGAAACUGGUGGAGCGGAUUCCUUCUUUGUGCCAUUGCAAUGUUUCUUGUGAUAUUCCCAAUGUUUGCUUUUCCAAAAAAGCUUCCACCUCGGCAAAGGAAAAAGAAAAAGAAAAAAUAUUCCGUUGAUGUGGCUAGUGAUGAUGAUGAUGUUCUGAAAGAGAAGUCAAACAAUAGCGAACAGUUGGACAAAAAAGUGUCCUCUAUAGGAUUUGGAAAGAAUGUCAGAGACCUACCAAGAGCAGCUGUCAGGAUCUUAAGCAACAUGACAUUCCUUUUUGUGAGUUUGUCAUACACAGCUGAGAGUGCCAUUGUAACCGCUUUCAUUACCUUCAUUCCCAAGUUCAUCGAGUCCCAGUUUGGUAUCCCUGCUUCCAAUGCCAGCAUCUACACUGGUCUUAUUAUUGUCCCCAGUGCUGGUGUUGGUAUUGUUCUGGGUGGUUACAUUAUUAAAAAAUUGAAACUUGGUGCAAGAGAAUCUGCGAAACUCGCCAUGAUCUGCAGUGGUGUGUCUUUACUGUGUUUCUCGACCCUUUUUAUUGUUGGAUGUGAAAGUAUUAAUCUAGGAGGCAUAAACAUCCCUUAUACAACAGGACCUUCACUCACCAUGUCCCAUAGGAAUCUGACAGGAAGUUGCAAUGUUAAUUGUGGUUGUAAAAUACAUGAGUAUGAGCCAGUCUGUGGAUCAGAUGGAAUUACAUACUUUAACCCUUGUUUGGCUGGCUGUGUUAACAGUGGUAAUCUUAGCACCGGGAUACGGAAUUACACGGAAUGCACCUGUGUCCAGAGCCGACAGGUGAUCACUCCACCCACAGUGGGUCAGCGCAGUCAGCUUCGUGUGGUGAUUGUGAAAACCUAUCUCAACGAGAAUGGCUAUGCUGUGUCUGGGAAGUGUAAACGGGCCUGUAAUACCCUUAUCCCAUUCUUAAUUUUCCUUUUCAUAGUCACCUUCAUCACAGCCUGUGCCCAACCAUCAGCCAUCAUAGUAACACUCAGGUCUGUAGAAGAUGAGGAGAGACCUUUUGCACUGGGAAUGCAGUUUGUUUUGCUGCGAACACUUGCAUACAUUCCUACUCCGAUUUACUUUGGCGCAGUCAUCGACACCACCUGCAUGCUCUGGCAACAGGAAUGCGGUGUGCAGGGCUCCUGUUGGGAAUACAAUGUGACAUCAUUUCGUUUCGUCUAUUUUGGCUUGGCGGCUGGACUCAAGUUUGUUGGAUUUAUUUUUAUUUUUCUGGCCUGGUACUCCAUUAAAUACAAGGAGGAAGAAACGCAGAGGCAGAGGCGACGAGAAUUCCCUCUGAGCACCGUGAGUGAGCGAGUGGGCUGCACCAGACAGGCCGCCAGCUCUGCCCGGACCAGGUCUUGUCCUGCUUUCAGCAUCCAAGGAGAAUUACACGAAGAGCCUGGUCUGCAGAAAGGGAUCCAUUCCACAGCACAGACCUAUGCUGGGCCCUUCCCCGAAGCAAUAAGUUCCUCCACUGACCGGGGGCGGGAAGAAAACCCUGCAGCCACUUAG